GCACAAACUCGGCUCGAUGGAAGAGCUGGGAAAUUAAUGUCUACAUUCUGAUUAUAUUUCAUUUAUAAACGGAUAUUUCCAAACGUUCAGUGCUACUUUAACUGACUAUUGGACACUUAACAAGUGCGAUUUAUAUACAUUUUCAUCUGUCUGUAUAGCGUGAAUUUAUUUAUUUUUCUAUACACGGGAUUGUCACUUGAUCUCCCGGCUAAACUGCCUUUUACACAGCCAGAACUGGACCUGGGGAUAUAAUCGUUUGUCAAUAUCUUCUUGCGGUAUUAUUUCACUGGAUUCUUUAAUUUCAUCGUAAACCUCCUGUUGCACAAGGAUGCGCUGAGAGAGAAUAGGUUUAAUGCAAAGUGGAAUCUUGCGCGUCUCGGAUAACCGUGGGUCGUGUGUGGAUUUGAGAACGAUCUGAUCUAGUGAUUAUUAGGUCGGUCCCCCUCCUAUCCGUGCGAGAACUGGAGUCCUCUGACCGCAAUUUGUUUCCAUGUUUUUAGGUUUGUGUGAUUUUGCUAAAAUGCAUCACCAACAGCGAAUGGCUGCCUUAGGGACAGACAAAGAACUAAGCGACUUAUUGGAUUUCAGUGCGAUGCGAAACAGCGAUUUGAAAAUGUUCCCAACAUCAAUGAUGUUCUCUCCUCCUGUUAGCGGUAAAAACGGACCAACCUCCCUUGGAAGUGGACAUUUCUCAGGCUCAAAUAUGGAGGAGCGAGCUGGUGUGGGGUCUUGGGGGAAUAGAAGCGUCCCUUCAAAGAGUUACGCUGAGGGACCCCAGUAUGCACACAUGACUAGCCGAGACAUGGGUUCACACGACAACAACUCUCCUCCUUAUGUCAACUCCAGACUAGCAGGUAAAACGGACCGAGGAUCCUAUUCGUAUGGAAGAGACUCCAAUCUGCACGGGUGUCAUCAGCCCAGUCUCCUGGCGGCAGAGAUGGGCAUGGGCAGUCCCGGCGCGGUGUCGCCCACCAAGCCCGGCUCCCAGUACUACCAGCACUACAGCAACAACCCCCGCCGGAGGCCCCUGCAUAGCGACAACAUGGAGGUCCAGACAAAGAAAGUCCGGAAGGUUCCUCCCGGUUUGCCAUCCUCAGUGUACGCACCAUCUGCCAGCACAGCUGACUACAACCGGGACUCACCAGGGUAUCCCUCCUCCAAACCACCGAGUGGAGGAUUCCCCAGCUCCUUCUUCAUGCCAGAUGGUCACCACAGUGCUGACCCGUGGAGUUCCUCCAGCGGCAUGAACCAGCCCGGCUACAGCGGCAUGCUGGGUAAUUCCACCCACGGCCCCCAGAGUAGCAGCUACUGUGGCAGCCACCUCCACCCUCAUGAUCGACUGAGCUACCCGUCCCACUCCUCGGCAGACAUCAACCCCAGUCUUCCUCCGAUGUCCAGUUUCCACCGAAGCGGUGGUUCCAAUCACUACAGCACCGCUUCCUGCACCGCCACCACCAACGGCACAGACAGUGUGAUGGGUAAGAGCUGGGGACCAGGAGACAGGGAUGGAGAAGACAGGACAGAGGACAGGGCUCACAGGGUUGACUACACUGCUAACCGAACGCAGAGUGGGGCACCGAGCUCUCAGACUGGAGACGCCCUGGGGAAGGCUCUUGCAUCGAUCUACUCCCCGGACCACACAAACAACAGCUUCUCAUCCAACCCGUCAACCCCCGUCGGCUCUCCUCCAUCGCUCACUGCUGCCAGUUCUGCUGUUUGGUCCAGGAAUGGAGGACAAGGCCCGUCCUCCCCCAACUACGAGGCCCCUCUACACUCCCUGCAGAGUCGCAUCGAGGACCGCCUUGAGCGUCUGGACGAUGCCAUUCACGUGCUGCGGAGCCACGCUGUGGGCCCCUCCACCGGCAUGCCCUCUGGACACCAGGACAUGCAUGGCCUGAUUGGCGCGGCUCACAACGGGGCCAUGGGCGGCCUGGGCUCGGGAUACGGCUCGGGACUGCUCUCCGGCAAUCGCCACUCAAUCAUGGUGGGUCCUCACAGGGAGGACGGAGGGGUGGGCCUACGUGGAAGUCAUCCCAUCGGACCCAACCAAGUAUCGCUCCCACAGCAGUCCGCCGCGUCUCCCGACCUCAGCCAGACGGAUCCAUACCGGGCCCUGUCCGCGGGUCUGCAGGGCCAGAGCGCCUCCUCCGUCUCCUCGGAGAUCAAGUCCGAGGACGAGGGAGAUGAGAACCUGCAGGACGCCAAGUCCCUGGAGGCCAAGAAGGAAGACCCGGACAACAAGGACCUCAAGUCCAUUGAUAGGUCGAGAUCUAGCAACGCGGACGACGAGGACUUGUCUCCAGAGCAGAAGAUCGAGCGCGAGAAGGAGCGCAGGAUGGCCAACAACGCCAGGGAGCGCCUGCGUGUCCGCGACAUCAACGAGGCGUUCAAGGAGUUGGGUCGUAUGGUGCAGCUGCACCUGAAGAGCGACAAGCCACAGACCAAACUGCUCAUACUGCAUCAGGCCGUGGCCGUCAUACUGAGUCUGGAGCAGCAAGUCAGAGAGCGGAAUCUGAACCCUAAGGCAGCGUGUCUGAAGCGGCGUGAGGAGGAGAAAGGCUCCACGGACGGAGGAGCGGCGCUGUCUCUGGCUGGGGCACAUCACGCCAUGGGAGAUGCCUCCAACCCAAUGGGACAAAUGUAAAAAGCCACCCCCCCCUAAAUGGUCGAAGCUCCCGGAGUUCAUCAAGAUGAUGAGUGACCACUUCCUUUGACAACGUUCCCCUAUUCCCGGAACCAACCAAUCAAUCGACUGAUCAUGUCAAUCAACGAUCAAUCGAUAAGACCACCUGAUCUGACCAACUUCUUUCCCUGACCACCUAUCCUGCGUCUUCUGUAGAAAUGAACGAACCACAAAUGUAUAUUGGCUAUGAGAACCGCAUAAAAAACACUACAGUA